GUAAGAAAAACCUGGGCAGCUGUCACGUUCUCUGCAUUUAAUCUAUGUUCAGGCACAAAUGUAUAUAGACUCUGAAGUAUUGGGAGAAGGAUUAACAAGCACCGGAGGAGCAAUUUUGAGUUAUUCUUCUGCAUUGGCGGCCGUUUUACCCAUGGAUGAUGAGGCGGACAAGAAUUCUAAUGCUGCUGCACCACAUAAUCCAGACGAGCAAGCUCAAGCAGCUGCUUUUCAUAAAAGAGUACAUGAAAUGGUUGCUAGAGAUUCACGUAAUUUUGAUUCUUGGACUGGACUAGUUCAGGAGGUUGAAGGAAUGUGCCCUGAUAAUUUGGAUCUCAUCGCAUUAGCAUAUGAUUCAUUUUUAUCAAUGUUCCCUUUGUGCCAUUGGUAUUGGACAAAGUAUACUGAUCACAUCAUACGGCUAUCAGAUGCUCAUAAAGCUGUUAAAGUUUAUGAACGUGCAGUGGAUUCAACACCAUUCUCCACUGGCUUGUGGGUCGACUAUUGUUGUUUUGGCAUGUGUUUCUAUGAGGAUCCAUCUGAUGUUCGUAGGUUGUUCAAAAGAGCCCUAUUGUUUGUGCGGAAAGAUUACUUUUGUCAUGCCUUAUGGAAUCAGUACAUAAAAUACGAAUUUACUCAGCAACACUGGGGCUUUCUUGCAAAUAUUUACCUCCAAGUUCUCAAGUUCCCUACGGAGUAUUUGGAUAGAUAUUAUGAGAAUUUCAAACAGUUUGUUGUGGGACUGGAUGAGGAGAUGAAGAAGCACGAGAACUGCAGUGCAGAUGCAGACGCUGGAUCUCUGCCAAACCAUUCAGCUAAGUUGUCUGAAGAUGAAAUUAUUCAAGUCAUUGAGGACUUGCAGAAUGCUUCUAAUGAAGCCCUCCUACGAAAAGCAGUAAAUAAAUAUAAACUUAUAGGUGAAAUAUUCUACCAGAAAGCAAAGGAGUUGGAUGAAAAAAUAAAAAACUUUGAAACUAAUAUUCAGAGACGAUAUUUUGAUACCGCACCACUUGAUGAUGCACAGCUGAAAAAUUGGCAUCACUAUCUGGACUUUAUCGAGAAGCAAGAUGAUUUUGAUUGGGCUCUGCAACUGUAUGAGAGAUGCUUGAUUACCUGCACUAAUUAUCCAGAGUUCUGGAUGCGUUAUGUGGAGUUCAUGGAAAGCAAGGGAGGACGAGAACUGGCAAAUUCUGCACUACAACGAGCUACGCAAGUCUUUCUGAAGGGUGUGCCCGAAAUCCAUCUUUUUAAUGCCAGGUAUAAGGAGCGAAUUGGAGAUGUGAAUGCUGCAGUUGCUGCAUUUCUCAACUCUGACGUUCUAUCUGAUUCCUUACCCAGACAUAUUGUAGAGCUGGCAAAUAUGCGAAGGCGUCUGGGUAAUCUGGAAGCAGCUUCUGAUACAUUAAAAAAUGCAAUUAAUAUGGCAGAAAAGAAGCAGAAGUUGCAUAGUUUACCUAGCCUGUUCAUUCACUAUUCUCGGCUCAAAUAUAUGAUCACAGGAAGUGCAGAAGCUGCUAGAGAUGCUUUAAUAGAUGGAAUUCAACGGAUUCCUCAUUGCAGUAAACUUUUGGAGGAAUUGAUUAAAUUUGCAAUGAUGCAUGAAGGAGCCAAACAAGUAGAUCUAAUAGACUCAAUUAUAGGUCAUGCAAUUUCUCCCAGCUCUGAGGGAACCUCUGGUCUGGCCCUUAAAGAUCGAGAACACGUAUCAUCUUUGUUUAUGGAGUUUGUGGACCUUUGUGGAACAGUGCACGAUAUUAGUAAGGCAUGGAAUCGUCACAUUCAAUUGUUUCCACAGUUGGUCAGGAACAAUCUAAUGGAUAAGGAGCUCGACUUAGGAAAAUGCCUGUCUGAUCAAAUGUUGGUCAUAAGAGAGAGCGGUUCUUGUGCCUUUCCUAAUUUGCUAGAUGAAGACCAGCAUAGUAACCAACCAGUCGAAGAGCAGGUAAGCUUGUUACCAGCAAAUCAUGCCAGCAAGGAUGAAUUGGUUUCUGCUGAUCAGACCCCACAGAAAUGCAAUAACACAGUUGACUGCGAGAGAGGGGAACACUUAUCUACCCAGGAGGCAGACAAGCGAAACUUUGGUGCAUUUGAAGUGGAUGAAGUAGCUCAUCACUCAAUGCUUCAAUCAGCAGAUGAUACACCUAGAGUAAUGGAAUCAAUGGACAACUUGACGGAACAGCAUAAAGAAAAUGUGCCUGCACAGAUGACUCCUGCAUCAGUUCAAAUUUCAAGUAAAGCUACCUCAGAACCAAAUGCAUUGACUUCUAACUCUAAUUGCCAGUCAAGUGCAACUGUUAUUUUAGAAUCUGCAGAAGAGCAUUCCUGUCCAAUGAAUAUGCAAGACCAAAAGCACAAACAGCAUCCUAAUCCAGUUUCUUUUGGUAAUCUUUCCUUAAAUUCUCAGGAAAAGGCCUCUCAGAAAUUAAUUGCUAUGGCUUCUGAUGAACAUGAUGCUGCUUCAGAUAUUUCCAAGUCUACAGAUUGUUUGAAUGCAAAUAGUCCUCCAAACAGAACUGCAGCUGCUGAUUCUGUUGAAGUUCAAGAAUCCCCAGAUGAAACUAGAUCGGCUGGCUUGUUAUCCUCAGCAACUCAACAAGUGAGUACACCAACGAAAAUGCAUCCAAGUUCAAUGCUGUCCCCCAGUGCCGGUGGAGAAUGCCAUCAAAUGCUCAAGGGUACAGUUUCUGAAGGAAAAUCUUCAGAGAUGCACUUGCAGUCCAAGGAUCUGCAGCAUCUACAUCAGCAGCCUUUGACACUUCAACAGAGUCCAACUGUUGCACUGGGCUCUAAGAUGCCCACUACUCAUCCAUAUCCUCAGCAUUCCCUAGUUUGGAAACAAGGGGACCACGCUGAAGUUUAUUGCAAGGAAAAUGCUCCACAGGAGAAUCUAGCAAGUAAACAUGUCUGGCUGGUCAAUAGUAUGCCAGACAUGAGCUCCUCAUCCACAAAUCCAUCACAUAUCGCAACAGAUCAUGGUCAAACAUUAAGUCAGACAUUGCCGUAUCAGCAACAUCUUCUGCAACAGCAAUACCAACAGCAGCUAGUUCAAAUGCUGCCACUGCAUCAUCAACACCAACAAUCAUAUUUGCACCACCAGCAGCUUCUGCCACAACAACAGCAACAACAUCAGCAGCAAGCGUCUUCCUGGCAACAACAGCAAUAUCAUCAGCAACAUCAGCAGCUGCUUUCAUUACCAUAUCAAGGACUGCAAAUUCAGCAACAGAUGCCCCACUUGCAGCAGAUACAUCAACAGGUACAGCCGCAUUACCAUCAGUCAGCAGAACAGUUACAACUACAGCAUGCUCAGCAACUGCAGCAGCAAUUUGCACCAGUACCUGAGCAACAGCUGCAGCUAUAUCAUCAGUCACAAAAGCUUGCCUAUGAUAUGCAUCAACAGGGAUAUCAAGGACAUGCAGCACAAGUACAUCAGACAUUAUUCCAGCAGUACCAAUUGUAUCAACAAGGCUAUGGACAAAUGUUGCAGCAGCAUCAACAGCAUCCGUAUCAUUAUAAUCAAAUGCUUCUGCAGCAGCCCCCACAACAUCAGCAACAAGAUGAACAGCAGGAGCAUCAUCAAAAGAGAGCUUCAAAUCAGGAUCUAUCACAAGGCAUCAGUCAACAUCUAUGGGGCCAGCAGACUGCACCACAGGGUGCUGAUUCUACGCUGCUUCGACACUCAUCACCACAAUCUAUGGCUCAACUGAACACAGAAAGGCAAUCUGGGCUAGUUGCAUCAUCACACCAGCAGCCUUUCCAUGGAAUAUCCCCUUCCCGUAAUAGAGACACACCUGAAUCUGCUGCAUCUUCACACCAUGGGCGUUAAUCUCCCUAAUAUCUGCCGAUUCUAUGUUCAUUAUGACCAUCAUCUCUUUGUUAAUUGUCAUUUCCUAAUUUGAGGACGAGUAAAGCGUAAAUUAGUUUUCCUGCUUAAGAGUACGCAUUGCCUCUUUAUUACGUGCGUCUGGUACAAUCUGUUGGAUAUAAAAGCUACCUGAACAAUGCUAACACUUGAACACUUGAGUCGUACUUGAAAGCACUGUCCUAAGAAAC